AUGUCACCACCAAAACUUUCACCAUCAGGUCCAAUCAUCGUCCGUCUCGAUGGCUAUGUCAGCCCAGACCCUACAUUUUCAUCUGACUUCCUUCACACUUACACAUCUCACAACAGCACACCAUAUGAAAACGCACGGAUCAUCGAGGCUCUUACCGGAGCAGACGUAGCGGUAACUACACGCGUGCCCAUAAAUGCCGAAGUCAUCGAGGCGUGUGCUGGAACUCUGAAAUUAAUUGCCGUCUUCGCCAUCGGGUAUGACAUGAUUGACAUCGAAGCAUGUAAAAGGUUUGGGGUGGAAGUUAGGAAUGUGAAGGGUGCUAGUGUUGAAGCAGUUGCUGAACACGCGCUUGGGUUUUAUUUUGCGCUGAGGAGAUGUAUUGUUGGAAUGCAAAAUGCUCUAACUCAGACCAAUGACUGGGUAGAGAAAGGCAGCUGCUUUUCUCACUUCGGUCCCCAUCCUAGAACUCUGGCGCGGGAGACGAUCGGUAUCAUUGGUGUUGGCGAGCUUGGUACACGAGUAGCAAGCCAUUUCCGGGUUCUAGGUUCGAAGGUAUUGCUCGCUGAACGUCCCUCGAGCACUUCAAUUCGAGAAGGCCGUACUGCUUUUCGAGAAACACUCUCUCAAUCUACGGUUAUCAUCGUGGCCACUGCAUCAACACCAGAGACCAGGAAUCUAAUCUCGGAUGCGGAACUGGCUCUUUUGCCAUCUGACGCUUUGGUGAUUAACAUAGCGCGAGGUGAGGUCGUGGAUGAGAAGGCUUUGGUAAAUGCGUUGAAGGAGAAGAGGUUUGCAGGUGCGGCGACUGAUGUUUAUGAGAAAGAGCCGGCGAGUAAGGAGACGAGCUUGUUGAUUAGAGAAGCUGAGGGUUUAGAGGGUCGAUUGAUUGUUUCUCCACAUGUGGCUUGGUAUGCUCUUGCUAGUGUUGAGAAGCUAAGAAGGGUUACCGCUGCUAAUAUUGAGGAGUGGGUGAGAGGUGAAAAGGGUGUUAAUUUUGUUUGUUAA